AAUAACUAUCGACAUGUCAAAUUUUAAUCAGGAGUUAAAAACAUUCGCGUCUAAGCCUCAGACAAAGGCCAUUGAUAAAGUGAGCGUGGGAUACCUAAAAACAACAACAAUUCAUGUAAUACAUGCUGAAACAGGACAACUACCAAUCAAGGAAAGGAUAGAAUUGCUUACCCUGAGAGAAGUCAUAAAAAGUUCUUUUUAUCAAAACCAAAUACAGCCAUUCAUCGAGAAAACGCAAAUGCAAGAAGAAGGAAAUGGAUCAUACCUAACGGCCAUCGCAGCUAAACAUAUAGAUGUUAUUCACCAAACACACCCAAAAGACAACAGCAUGACAUACCUCAACAGAAAGCAGUACGCCGAUAGAUAUGUCACUUACCGAAUAGAGCCUAAGAUAACAGACGAGUAAGCAAGCAAAGCAAACUGGAAUGCCACUGUGUGGAAACAACACUUUUUACAGAUACAACAAAAACACAAAAACUACACAGAAAUAUAUACGGAUGCCUCAAAAACAAAAGAAGGAACAGCUGUAGGCAUAACAGAUCUCAAAGGUGAAAUCUGCAGAAACGACAAAAUCAACGACAAAUACACAAUUACAAAUGCAGAACUGUUAGCUAUUGAUAAGGCUAUAAAGUUGAUAAAAGUAAAAAAUACAAAAAGGCUAUCAUCUAUACUGACUCCAAGAGUGCUUGCCAAAUACUCUUGAACAAAUCAAGUGUAGAAGAAAAUUUCAUAGCCUGGAAUAUCAUAAAAGAACUAAAACGAGAAGAAAAUCCAUAUAUAAAAAUACAGUGGGUUCCAAGCCAUCAAGGAAUAGAGGGUAAUGAAAAGGCGGAUAAAAUAGCGAUAGAAGCCACGUAUGGGAAUCAAACAGACUUUACUGCAUUAGUGUUAUCAGACGCUCUAACACUGGCAAAAGAAGAAAUAUGGCAAAUAUGGAAAACUAGAUACGAAAACAUAUCUACACAAAAAGGAACAAAGCAUUUCGAAAUAAUGAAGGAACCGGGAAAAGUGAUAUGGUCCAAAGGACUAAUAUUAACAUCAACAGAAAAAAGAAUCCUAAAUAGAAUACGAUCGGGACACACAUUAACAAAGGAUAGACAAUACCAGUGGGGAUGGGAACUGGAGAAAGAAUGUGAUAUCUGCGAAGAAACAGAAGACCUAGAGCAUAUUCUAUAUGACUGCACGAAAUUUAGUACCGAGAGAAACCAAUUCCCUAUAUUGGAAUACUGCAAACCACUCAAAUCCAUCUUUAACAGUAAUGAUGAAAUGGAUAUGAAACAAAUCGUACAAUUCUUAAAAACAAUCAAAGCACAUAUAUGAGAAAAUCAACAUGCGACAACAUAAAUCUAAAUAAAACACAAUCAAUGAAAAAUACAAGAAACACAAACAAGACAACAUUGGCGAGAUGGACCGUUAGCGGUCUCAGCCGUCUGUAAACAGACAAAGCAAAAAAAAAAAUAAUGUCACCAAAAGGACAAUUACAAUUCCAUAAUAUGCUAUGGCGGAGCAAUGUAGGUACACGUAUUUCGAUAAGAGAUAACAUCGAUAAAUACCGCAGAGCUCAUCCAAACAAGAAACCAUUGGUUUUAGUGGACCUGAUGUUCGUGGAUCAAAUACCUAUUCCUGGAAACAACCGUGACAGAAAAAGACGAAACAUUUGUGGGCCAAAUUUAGUUGAUUUGGAACACUAUGAACAUUUUUUCAAAUUUCUUCAAGGCGAAUGUCAGGCAGAUGUUGUAUUUUUCGUCGAUGGUCCCGGUCGGAGUAACACCUCUAGCGAUUUCAAUACUGAUCAGAGAAAACCUAAGGACCGCCGUUACGAAAACGACAUGAACGUCAUAGAUAUGCUGACCGCAGAAAACUUCCAAGCUAUCAGAAAAAUCCAGCACAUUCCCACAGAUCGAGUACUGAUGGAUUCUAUUGAAACAUUGGCAAAACAAUAUGGUACACUAUGGCACUCAGUACAAAAUAAAAGAUAUUUAGAAAUAGCUAAAUAUGCUCAAGAAAUGAAAGCAAUCGCAGUUUUGGGUAAAAAAUGCCGAUUCAUUCUUCUGGCGGAAGUAAACUUUCAGAAGUUUGACACAUCUUGAUGUUACAUCAAUGGAGACAAUAGAGAUAGACCCUGCAAAUCUCGGACAAAUCGGGCUUGAAACGCCAGAGAAACGUUGUUUAAUGGCUUCACUUCUUUCUAAAUCAUUUAUCUUUAAAUGGACUGCAACUAACAUUUCUUAUCUGCUGAACUGUCUUAGUGUUCUGCAAGCACUACCUGAAAAUAUCGCGCGUCAGCAGUACUGUGAUGUUGCUCGUGCCUUAUUCAAAGAUUCAUAUUGUGAUGCACUAGUGGAAGAUUUAAUCCAGUCAUGUGAACAACAAAACUUAAAAUCAAUCCAGUUAUCAGUACAACCGAAUAAUUUAUCAACUUGGGAAUACGAUAUCAUAAGCAAUAGCAUAUCUAAUAUUACCAUCAGGCUGAAUGAUUAUCGCUAUUGGGAUGCAAAGGGUGUAAAGUUUUCUGAGCUGCUUACGGGAUUUUAUGCUCGAGCAGCCGGCGUACUUUUAACUCGCAAAAACCAACGUACCCCUCAGUCAAGACAAUUAUUCAUCAAACAGACCCACGAAUCAUUUUUCAACUACCAUUCAUUAGACGUGCAAUAUCCAGAUUUCAAAAUUAUGAAUUCGCAAUUGGAUGCUGGUACCGAUCUUACAGAAGAAAAUAUAAACUAUUUACAAUUUGUGUUUGGCGUAGGAGAUUUGCCUGUUGAACGAAUUAACCGUCUGAUAAAUUUGCAUACAUGGAAAUUGUUAGACUAUAUUACAGUGUACUUCAUGCUUAAGAUUAUGUUAUUUUUUCAGAAAAAAAUUAUAUCAUCCACAAUCGCCGACAGUCUACUAUUGGCAGUUGAAAAUUAUUCAAAUCAUAAUGCCGAGCUCGAUGGAAUUCCACCCGAAUUGGAUAUGGAGAUAUUUCACGUGACAUUCAUGUAUAUUCGCUGGAGGCAUUAUGUGCGGCAAUCUCUCAUUAUAUGUGGCAUACCAGAAGCAUUAAUUGAUAAUCGAUGUCGUUUGGACGGUGUAAAAAUUCAAAACAUUUACCAGAACCUCAAAAUGCACCCAGAAGAAAUCCAUAAAUAUGAUAUUGGAGGUUCCGUCCAAAAUGACCGGUUUUAUGACUAAGAGUAAGACUGAUUGUUCAGAGUAGACAUCAGAUAUAUUAUUUUUAUAUUCAUUUAUCUCUCAUUUCAUUAUAAUAUUUAAUAUCAACCUACGGCGUGACCAGUGACGUACCUAGAAACUGGACGUGACCUAUCCAUUUCAAUAAAUCUAUAUGGCAAGCAGUCCAUAACUGAGAAAA